AUGGCAAUCACCAUCCUCCCGCCAGCACCGGUGGCACCACCACAGCAAUCGCGUCGCUUUACAGAAGAGCUAGAUACCUACGAUUCCGACGAAGAAUCUCAAGAUGAAGACAAAAUGGAACUCGACACACUGCCCUCCGGACAUGCUUCACAAGCAAAGGCAAUCAUCACUCCCGGCCAGAUUGUGACAAGCGAUCCGCAAUGGAUGCGCGGACAUGGAACAUUCACCGACACCACAGACGACACCACAAUCCGCUCUACUCUGGCAGGCACGAUUCAGAAAACCAAUAAGUUGCUUUCCGUGGUCCCGCUCCGCGCACGGUAUACACCCGAGAUUGGAGAUUUGGUGAUUGGCAGGAUUGUGGAGGUGCAGUCGAAACGCUGGAAGGUGGAUGUCGCGGCACCCUUGCUGGCGAACCUGCUGCUGAGCUCCAUCAACUUACCUGGCGGAGCACUGCGGCGAAGAACAAGUGUGGAUGAGCUGAACGUGAGAAGUUUCUUCCAAGAAGGAGAGCUGCUCGUCGCAGAAGUGCAGUCAUUGUUUCAAGRCGGUAGCCCGAGCUUGCAUACGAGAUCUUUGAAGUAUGGCAAACUAAGAAAUGGGUACUUUCUCGCGGUGUCUGGAGUUGGAGGUGGGGCGGGUGUAGUCCGCAGUAAGCGUCAGAUCUUCACCCUACAAACGAGACGAGGUGGUGAGGUAGAUGUCAUUCUGGGUGUGAACGGCUAUGUGUGGAUCUCGAAGCAUGCGGCUGAAGUGGAGGGUGAGAAGGAGAUUGGUGUGAACCGUCUAGAGGAGGUUGCAAGUACGAGCAUGUACUCCAGUCAGAAUGAGGAGAUCUCGCCGGAAACAAGGAGAGCAAUUGCUCAGAUCGCCGGGUGUGUAAGGGCGCUGGUGGAGGGCAAUGUCAAGGUGGAGGAGGAGACAGUACGCAGAGCAUACGAGGCAUGCCUGGAGUUGGAGGAAACCGAGAACGCUGGUGAUAUCGUCUUCCUGGGGGGCGAGCGUGGAAAGCUGGUCGUGGAAAUGGUUUUGGCUGCUGCCGGCGGUUGA